AUGUCAGACAGUGAGGACAGUAACUUCUCUGAGGAGGAGAGUGAGAGGAGUAGUGAUGCUGAAGAAGCAGAGGAUAAUGAGGAAACGGAGGAAAGGGUCAGUGCUGCUGGCAGCGAGAAGGCUGAGGAUGAAGAGGUGGAAGAGGAAGAUGAGGAGGAAUAUGAUGAAGAAGAAGAGGAGGAUGACGAUGACCGUCCUAGGAAAAAACCCAGACAUGGAGGAUUUAUUUUAGAUGAAGCCGAUGUGGACGAUGAGUAUGAAGAUGAAGAUCAGUGGGAGGAUGGAGCAGAAGACAUUCUGGAGAAAGGUAGUGCAUCAAAUAUCGACAAUGUUGUACUCGAUGAGGAUCGCUCGGGGGCCAGGCGUCUGCAGAAUUUGUGGCGAGACCAGAGAGAGGAGGAGCUGGGGGAAUAUUACAUGAAGAAAUACGCCAAGUCAUCUGUCGGCGAGCAUAUAUACGGAGGGUCUGAUGAGCUGUCAGAUGACAUCACUCAGCAACAACUGCUUCCUGGAGUCAAAGAUCCAAAUCUGUGGACAGUGAAAUGUAAGAUUGGAGAAGAGCGUGCCACAGCAAUUGCCCUGAUGAGGAAGUUCAUUGCAUACCAGUUCACAGAUGCACCUCUUCAGAUAAAAUCUGUAGUUGCCCCAGAGCACGUCAAAGGUUACAUCUACAUUGAGGCCUACAAGCAAACUCAUGUCAAGCAAGCCAUUGAAGGAAUUGGUAACCUGCGCAUGGGCUUCUGGAAUCAGCAGAUGGUGCCCAUCAAGGAAAUGACCGAUGUCUUGAAGGUGGUGAAAGAGGUUACAAAUCUUAAGCCUAAGUCUUGGGUCCGGCUUAAAAGAGGCAUCUACAAGGAUGACAUUGCCCAGGUUGAUUAUGUAGAGCCCAGCCAGAAUACGAUUUCUCUGAAAAUGAUUCCUCGGAUUGACUAUGACCGCAUUAAAGCACGCAUGAGUCUGAAAGAUUGGUUUGCUAAGAAGAGAAGGUUUCGAAGGCCUCCGCAGAGACUGUUCGAUCCAGAGAAAAUCAGAUCACUAGGAGGAGAUGUUUCUUCAGAUGGAGAUUUCCUUAUUUUUGAGGGAAAUCGUUACAGUCGUAAAGGUUUUCUCUUCAAGAGCUUCGCAAUGUCUGCUGUGAUUACAGAUGGAGUGAAACCAACUCUUUCUGAAUUAGAGAAAUUUGAAGAUCAGCCAGAAGGGGUUGACCUGGAGGUGGUAACAGAAUCAACAGGAAAGGAACGUGAGCACAGCCUUCAGCCUGGCGACAAUGUGGAGGUCUGUGAGGGUGAGUUGAUCAACCUACAAGGUAAAAUUCUCAGCGUGGACGGAAACAAGAUCACCAUCUUGCCCAAGCAUGAGGAUCUUAAGGACAUGCUAGAAUUCCCAGCUCAUGAGUUAAGAAAGUAUUUUCGCAUGGGGGACCAUGUCAAGGUCAUUGCUGGACGCUAUGAAGGGGACACUGGGCUUGUUGUGCGAGUUGAAGAAAAUUUUGUCAUCUUGUUCUCUGACCUCACUAUGCAUGAGCUGAAGGUCCUCCCCCGAGAUUUGCAGCUGUGCUCGGAGACAGCUUCUGGUGUGGAUGUUGGAGGACAGCAUGAAUGGGGAGAGCUGGUGCAACUUGAUCCUCAGACAGUGGGAGUCAUUGUACGCCUGGAAAGAGAGACUUUUCAGGUCCUUAACAUGCAUGGUAAAGUAAUCACAGUUAGGCAUCAGGCAGUCACCCGGAAGAAAGACAAUCGUUUUGCUGUUGCUUUAGACUCUGAAGAGAACAAUAUUCACGUCAAGGACAUCGUCAAGGUCAUCGAUGGUCCCCAUUCGGGCCGUGAAGGUGAAAUUCGCCACUUGUUCCGGAAUUACGCUUUUCUUCACUGUAAGAAGCUGGUAGAAAAUGGAGGAAUGUUUGUGUGCAGAACACGUUAUCUAGUCCUUGCUGGAGGCUCAAAGCCUCGAGAUGUCACAAACCUCACCUUUGGAUUUGCUCCAAUGAGCCCAAGAAUUAGCAGCCCAGCUCACCCUGCUGGAGGUGGACAGAGAGGUGGUAUGGCAGGAGCAGGAGCAGGAGCAGGAGGUCCUGGCAGAGGAAGAGGCCGAAGGGACAAUGAUUUGAUUGGCCAGACUGUCAGAAUUUCUCAAGGUCCUUAUAAAGGCUAUAUUGGUGUGGUGAAGGAUGCCACAGAAUCCACUGCUCGAGUCGAGCUGCAUUCUACCUGUCAGACCAUCUCAGUGGACAGACAGCGUCUCACAACAGUUGGCGCUCGUCGUGCAGGAGGAAUGACUUCUACUCAUGCCAGGACUCCAAUUUACGGUUCUCAAACACCCAUGUAUGGUACGGGCUCCAGAACACCCAUGUAUGGCUCACAGACUCCAGUGCAUGAUGGAAGUCGAACACCCUACUAUGGAUCCCAAACUCCUCUACAUGAUGGCAGCCGAACCCCUGCACAGAGUGGGGCCUGGGACCCAAAUAACCCCAAUACCCCUUCAAGGGCGGAGGAAGAAUAUGAUUAUAGGUAUGAUGAUGAACCAUCUCCGUCUCCACAAGCCUAUGGAGGAACCCCCAACCCACAGACACCUGGUUACCCAGAUGUGCCCUCUCCGCAGGUCAAUGCCCCCUACCACCCACAGACACCGGGGACUCCUGCCAUGUACAAUACAGACCAGUUCUCUCCCUAUGCUGCUCCCUCACCACAAGGGUCGUACCAGCCUAGUCCUAGCCCACAGAGUUACCACCAAGUGGCACCAAGCCCUGUGGGCUAUCAAAAUACCCACUCCCCAGCAAGCUACCACCCAACACCAUCACCCAUGGCUUACCAAGCAAGUCCUAGCCCUAGUCCCAUGGGUUAUAGCCCUAUGACCCCAGGUGCACCUUCUCCUGGUGGGUACAACCCCCACACACCUGGCUCUUCUAUAGAGCAGGUCUCCAGUGACUGGGUCACCACAGACAUUCAAGUCAAAGUACGAGAAACGUUCCAGGACAACCAAGUUGUUGGACAGAUGGGGAUCAUUCGCAGUGUUAGUGGAGGUCUCUGUUCUGUGCUGCUGCAAGACAGUGAGAAGGUGAUCAGUAUUUCUGGGGAUCACCUAGAGCCAGUGACGCCCACUAAGAACAGCCGGGUGAAAGUCAUUUUAGGGGAGGACCGAGAGGCAAUGGGCAUUCUUCUAAGUAUAGACAAUGAUGAUGGCAUUGUACGUAUGGACCUGGAUGACCAGCUCAAGAUUCUGAAUUUGCGCUUCCUGGGGAAGCUGGAGUCCUGA